AGUAAUUUCUUUGUUAAACACUUGAAAGUUAUUAUUUUCUGAUUUUCAGUAGAAAACUUAAUCUUUACUAUUCUGAUUUUAAUGUCUCAUAAAAAAAGUUCGCCCUCUCAACAUGAAGAUCCUAGCUCAGACUUUGAUGGCCAUCUAUUUGAGAAAAGUCUACACGUGAAGCCAUGAACAUGACCUCUAUAUAUGUUGAUGCUGCUCCAGUGGAAGAGGUGAAAAGCCAAGCAGAACCAGAAACAAAUGUAUCUUCAAACGUUAAAGAACCAGAAGUGCAUGAACUAGAUGAAUCCACAAAAACAGUGGACCCUUAUGUGGAAGAACAUAAAGAAACACUAGAAAUUGAUUCUGCGGAUGAAGAAGAAGAGAAAGAAAUGGGAUCAUUGGUCAAUAAAGAAGAAGAAUUUUCACCUUUUACAUCUGUCGAGCCACCUGCUUGGCCUGCUGAAUUCGAUGAAGAAGAAGAAGAGGACGAAGAAGAAGACGAGUAUAUUUACAAGGUUUGAUACAUUCUAUCAGCAUGGUCAUGCUUGAAUGACUACUUCAUAUGCUGUCGACAAAAAUAGUUAAGUAGCUACCACUAAUCACCGUCAAAUAUCGUAUUUCCUAUCAUACUUUGCUUGUACUUUUUGUUAUUCUAGUAGUUAUACAUGUAUGGUUUUAUUGUAGUCUUCAAUAAAGGACUAGACCCUAUAGUUAUGCUUCUAAGGGCUUUAGGGCAUUGUAAUUUUUGUAAAGCCCCUUUUUUUUUUGGUACGCGGCAGUUGAUUUUCUAAUUAAAUUGUGCCAUAAUUAUAAGUAAA